GUCUAACCAAACACGGUCUUAAUCUCCUUCUCUACAACGGUCGAACCAAGGUCACCCAACAAUGGCGGCGACCAAGCACAGAGCCUCGAAGCCCGGUCCGAUCAGCCCGAAUUCAAGCACAAAGGUCUGGCUUUUCUCUUUAUUACUCACUAUUCAGUACGGGGCUCAACCUCUCAUCUCCAAACGCUUCACCAGGAGAGAAGUGAUCGUGACUUCAUCUGUUUUGGCUUGUGAGGUGGUAAAGGUUGUUAGUGCUUUUAUUCUUAUGGCAAAAGAUGGUACUUUGAAAAGGCUAUACAAGGAGUGGACUUUGAUCGACUCCCUGACUGCAUCCGGACUCCCAGCUGCCAUAUAUGCACUGCAAAAUAGCUUGUUGCAGAUAUCUUACAAAAAUCUUGAUUCACUCACAUUUUCAAUGUUGAACCAGACCAAACUAUUUUUCACAGCUUUGUUCACCUAUAUAAUAUUAGGGCAGAGGCAAUCUAUUCAACAAAUUGGUGCUCUUUUCUUGUUGAUAAUUGCUGCCAUCCUUCUAAGCAUCGGUGAAGGCUCCAGCAAAGCAUCUAGUACUGAUAGUCCUGAUGAGAUUUUAUUCUAUGGAAUUGUUCCAGUGUUAGUUGCUUCAGUGCUUUCUGGUCUGGCUUCUGCAUUGUGUCAGUGGGCUACUCAGGUUAAGAAACAUGCAUCAUACUUGAUGACUGUUGAGAUGUCAGUAAUUGGAAGCCUGUGCCUGCUGGCUAGUGCUCACAAGUCGCCAGACGGAACAGCUAUUAGACAGCAUGGGUUCUUUUACGGCUGGACUCCCCUGACAUUGAUCCCUGUUACGAUGAAUGCUGUUGGAGGGAUUCUUGUUGGUCUCGUGACAUCGUAUGCGGGUGGUGUCCGAAAGGGAUUUGUCAUUGUGUCUGCUCUACUUGUUACUGCUUUGCUACAGUUCGUCUUUGACGGGAAACCACCUUCUCCAUACUGUCUUGUGGCGUUUCCGCUCGUGAUCACUAGCAUAUCAAUAUACCAAAAAUAUCCAUAUCGUCUUAAAAAGAAAGACUAGUGAAUCAAGAAACGUAUACAAUUGGAAGAGGUACUAAGUUGGCCUAUUUUUUGUGCAUCCAAACAUGCAAGUGAUUACUAAACAUCAUUCAUUAUACACUUUAUGAAUAUCAGUAGGCUGAGGAGAGAUUUUGUAAAUUUUACAGAAGUUUUGCAUUUUGUUCAUCGAAUUCAUCCACGUGGACUGUGAUCGCUUUUUUCUUCCAAAACUUUGGAAAAUACUUGUUGUAUAUCACUAUUUACAUAAUUUUUUUACAAAUUGAUGAAGUGUCAAAAAAAAGUGGAGGAAUUAUUUUUAUUUGGUUGAUGAGAUUUUGAUCCAAUUAAAUUUUGCUACAUCAUCGAUUAGUAAAUAAAUUUGUAAGUUAUAAUGUUACAUAGAGUGAAAAACACAUGAAAAUAAAUGUUUUGUGCUAGGAAGCAUCAAUUGGAACUGCAAAAUGUAGUUUCAAACUUUCAGUUUAUGUACAUUGAUGACAUACGUACACAACGCAGAAUCAUCGCAGGAAAAAAAAA